AUGAAGUUCGCACUCGCACCUCUGGCCCUCGCCAUGGUCAUGGCUACUGCUGCCUUUGCCCAGGACACCUCCUCGUCUUCCUCGGCCACGGUCACUUCUGCCUCCUCCACUAGCAGCAGCGCCUCUGCCAUGGCCACCAGUGCUGCUGAAGACUCGUCGUCGUCGGUCUGCGCUCUGCUCCCCGGUUACGCAGAGGGAGACCCGCAGCAACCUGACUACGGCUGCACUUACUCGAGCACCUCUACCCCUACUUAUGACUCUGUGUCCCUCGCUUCGUACCUGAUUGGAAAGUACAGGCCAGGCAAGGAGGGUUACGAUGUCACCGAGGUCGCUUCUGAGCUCGCCGAGUCGGCCGUCGGAUACUACCCCACUCUGACCCAGAACUUCGACGCUAUCCGUGACCAAUACGCCGCUGCCAUCACUGCUUCCAUCUCGUCGCUGGAGGCGGAGGGUGCCUCGCACGCUGACAACGCCAUGGGUGUCCGCUCCAACAAGAUCCUCGCCUUUGCUGGUGCCGCCGCCGCCGUCGUUGCUGGUGGUGCUUUCAUGCUCUAA